ACAAAUGGUUCGAAUCGAUGUAGUAUUCAUGAAUUUUUGUUCAAAUUGAUCUCGAAAUGUUCAGUGCUAUAGAACAUUCGGAAUUUGCGGAAGGGAGUAUUGAUCCAACAGAGCACUUGUCCUCUAUAAUUGAAAUAAAAUUAGAAUGCCUACAAGACGCUUUUAGUGAAACUGAAAACGAAUCAAACAGUUUUGAUUCAACUCAGAAUCAAAGCUCAGAAGACAGACACAGCCGUUCCUUCGACGACCAAGUGUUGCUACAAACAAAUGACAACCUUGCAACUUGCCCUGUGAAGAAGGAUAAUGAAAACCCGGGUACUUUCGACACGAAAUCUUCACCAAACAUCGAUCCCAAGCGACCUCACGAAUGUGAACUUUGCGGCAGACGGUUUGUUAUGAAGAGUCAUCUUGUCGGACAUGUCCGUGCACACCAACGUGGCAAACGGUCCUACAAUUGCGACGUCUGUGGUAAAUCAUACUCCAAAAGUGACUCCCUGUUGCACCAUCGGUACAGCCAUACCGGAGAACGGCCUUACAAAUGCACUGUGUGCGGUAAAGAUUUUACUCGUCAAUCUAGUCUGAUGGAGCACAAGUUUAUUCAUUCAACUGAAUUCCGAUGCAAGUGUGAUGUUUGUGGCAAAGGAUUUAAUGCUGCUUCUACUUUAAGGAGACACAAGCGCAUCCAUACCGGGGAAAAUGUUCGAAGGAAGGAAAAACUAUUGGACCACACACCAAACAACAAGGAACCAGUCGACAUCGACAAGCGACCGCACGAGUGUGAGAUUUGCGGUAAACGAUUCACGAAUAAGUUCAUUCUUGAAAGCCAUCUGCGAGCACAUCGGGGCGAAAAACCUUUCAGCUGCGAUAUAUGCGAUAAAACAUUCGUUCGGAAGAGCGACAUUUGGCAACACCGACUGAAGCACACCGGCGAACGACUCUACAAGUGUAACAUAUGCGAUAAAGAUUUCGGACAAAUAUCUACAUUGAACAAUCACCUGAUAAUGCACAGCGGGAAGCGGGAACACAAAUGUACGGUGUGCGGUAAAGAUUUUGCCUUCAAAUUUAAUCUGGCGGCUCACAUGUUCAUUCAUAAAAGCAAGCAAGAGCGACAGCACAAGUGCACCUUGUGUGACAAAGCGUUUUACAUCAAAUCGAGACUGAAAGCACACAUGUUAUCUCAUACAGGUGAGCGACCGUACAAGUGCACAUCGUGCGAUAAAACUUACGCCGUUAAGGCAGAGCUAACGGCACAUAUGCCCACUCACACGGGUGUCUAUCCGCACUCGUGCGAUGUGUGUGGCAAAGGAUUCAGUAAGGCUUUCGUAUUGAAAGAACACAAACGCACUCACUCUGGUGAGAAAUCCUACAAAUGCGAAAUCUGUGGAAAGGCCUAUUACCAACAAAAAUCAUUUACCAGACAUUUGGGGACACACAAAUCGGACGCGACUGUAUGAAUACUUGUGUCACCCCGGUGAACGACAACAAUUAUGUUAGAGCCGGGACUAAAUAAGAGAUAGUAAUAAUGUUUGAAUCGUUGAAAGCGGCUAUUGUAAGGUAGCAAAAAUGAAGUUUGAGUCCAAACACGUUUUUUUUUCAUUUCCAAAACUCAGCUGUUUUGAAUUUUAAAAACCACCCCGGUGGUGCGAUUGUCAUCUGCAUACAAUUGGCUUGAAGCCGAAAUUUUUGGUUCUUUUGGUUCUAGUUCGCUGUCAAAUGCUGUGUUUAAGCAGUGUUCACAUCUUUCUUCAUGCGGUUGCACCAACAUAAGGAAAUGAUUUCGAUAGAAUAUAAUCAAACUAUAACAAACCACUUAUUUUUCUUAUUUUAAAAGAGGUCAAAUUACUUGUUUUGCAGAGAAUACUAGACAAGAGUUAUAUUCAUAUUGGGUUUGAAGAAAUUAACUUUUGACACCAGUGUGGUUUGAUUGUAUGGUAUGAACGUAGCUCAACAUAUUGUUGACAACAACGCCACCAAAACAAAAUGCGUCGGUUUCAGGAACCAGCUUCCAUAGCAGGGGGAUGUGGAAAACCUUCUCGGCUAAUGUUGCCAAAACCGAAGGACAGAUGAUGAUAGCCUACCAUCGUUUUCUUUCCGAAGCUUUUGGGUUUUGCAGUCGAUGUCGACCAGGUGAUUUUUUGCUUUUGGGAUUCUUAAUUCCUCGUCUUUAAUUACGAUGCAGAGCAUGAAAUCCUUUGUUUCAUGCCGAGAAAGAAAAUUUCACUUAACAUUUUUCGCAGUCUGCCAUUCAACUCAUGAGUAACCCGUUUCCUGACCUUCUAAAUGUUCCCCAUGACGAGUAGAUGUUCAGAAUAGGAUUGGUGGUUAACGUUUCGCCUUUCCGCUCUAUUUGUUUUUCAGUUUGAGGGUUGUCUUCGUUCAACAAUCCUUACAAUGCGGAAUUUUCAAAUUUUUUAGAUUGACCAUUCUUUUAUUGUCACACAUAAAUCCUUACUUUUGAACGUGUAGCGUCCGUCCGGUAAACUCAAAUUCGUAGUCACCGAUAUUGAAGUCGGUCUGUCAUUGCCUUUGCUGUGCCCGAACGGAAGCGUUCCGGCAAAAAAAGAAAGAACACUGACGGCGCACUUUCACUGAGCCGUCACGAAACUAAACCGGAACGGAAAAGUGUGAAUAGUCCCUAAAUUGUCCUUAAGCAAAGACAUCAUAUUAACAAGAUAUCCAGCUCUCACAUUUUCCGAACAAAUCAUUGGCAACAUCCUUUUUUGCGAACAUGGUGCCCUCCGGCGAGUCCGCAUCGAAUCUCGUACAUAGAAGCAGGGGAGAGAAAUGUCAAAUUCGUGCGCGAAAAAAAAGCAGCACUGCGCACCCAAACAAUUGACAUGAUAUCACAGACUAACAGACAGGACACUCAAAUUAGAUUCUUCAAUCAUUUUAACGGUCAUUUCGAAUAUUCCUUUAUUUGGGACAGUACUCACAUGUGUCAUGAUGGCGCCACGUUACCCUAUCAAAAACAUCCUGUCUGUCAUCUAGACUGUGUUUAUUUUUUUCAUUUACCAACAGAGUUGCCAUUUAUACAGAAUUACCUGUAAUGUAUUGGUUUGUGUACGUCCAUGCGAAUUUCAUGCAGGAUACAGAUUUAAUACAUAUUGCCAAAACUAUAUACAUAAUUGUGCCUACUUCUGCCUAUCCUCCAACGCAAUACAAAAUCGAACCCGUUUUGUUACAACAUUUACUUGAUUCUGGUCUGCCGCCACUUAAUUUCGGGUGAAAACUACCAACACAAUAAAAAAUAGUCUAGAUGAACAACGUUGAGUCAAAUAAAUGGUUACCUUCCAACAUCGCGAAAAAGUUGAAUAUAUUAUCAACGUAAUUUAUUGUGACGAUUCAUUUUCUAAUAUUUUGAUGAAAUCAGGCAUCCCUGCAAGCAGCUGAUCGAUGUUGACAAACGAGGGAAAACCAACUAGUAAAAAAACUUGCACAUAACACAAGGGGUGUACAGAUAGUAAAUAGUUCGCGCAGUGCAAUAUAGGUGGAACUAGUGCAUCACGAAAAAUUAUUUUUAUAUGAAUUUACUCAUACUGUCAUGUCUGUUAGUCUGUGAUGAUAUGUUGAAUGUGAUGCCGUGCGAUGACGUUGCUGAACUGAAGAUUGAUUUCGUUCCAAGCUGACAGGGUCUGCCUUAAGCCAAACAAGUCCGGCGGAAGAAUGACGGAAAUUUUGGCAGCAACCAGAAUGCAGCCAGGCGUGCAUUUCUAGAAUUCCUCACAAGCGGAAGUGACUAGAAUGAACGUAAUAUAUCAAAUAUUGAAAAUGACAUUAAUAGCGGACCUUACACGAUCAUUAAAAGACUCAUUACUAAAAAAUAAUAUCAUUUUAAUGAGCGUGUAUGGUGCAGUAAUGACGAGACUUCUAUGCAAAUUUUAAAUAUCAUUACUUAGUCAUCAUUAAAAAUGACAAAAAUAAUUCUAGUGUAAAGGCCGCUAAUAGUUUCAUUAUUGGUAUUUAUUCUCGUGUAAAAACCGCUUUAAUCUUUUAUACCUCCGCAGUGCACAGAUAAAAAUAUUUUGUGAAAUUACAUCAAUUUUCAUGCACAUAUUUGAAGCAGCAGUUACCUAAGAACGUG